AUGGUUACUUCUUGGCCAUUGGCACUAAUAUGUGCCUUGGCUAUAUCUUUCAUUGCCACUCAAGUAGUGGCUGACUAUGAUCAUGCGUCCCCGCCACCAUAUGUCUACUCACCUCCACCACCGCCGGCCUAUCUAUACAAAUCACCGCCACCACCACCAUACAUCUACUCUUCACCGCCACCACCACCAUACAUCUACUCUUCACCGCCACCUCCUCCAUACCUGUACAAAUCUCCACCUCCACCACCUUAUGUCUACUCAUCCCCACCACCACCAUACACUUAUAAGUCACCUCCACCACCAACAUAUGAAUACAAGUCACCUCCACCACCAACAUAUGAAUACAAGUCACCGCCACCACCACCAACAUAUGUAUACAAGUCACCGCCACCACCACCUUAUGUCUACUCUUCUCCCCCACCACCAUCUUAUGUCUACUCUUCGCCCCCGCCGCCACCAUACGUAUAUAAGUCUCCACCACCACCUCCAUAUGUAUACAAGUCUCCACCCCCACCCCCAUAUGUAUACAAGUCUCCACCACCACCACCUUAUGUUUACACUUCGCCGCCACCUCCCCCGUAUGUAUACAAGUCUCCACCACCACCACCAUAUGUUUACUCUUCGCAACCACCACCACCAUAUGUAUACAAGUCUCCACCACCUCCACCAUAUGUAUACAAGUCUCCACCACCACCACCCUAUGUAUACAAGUCUCCACCCCCACCUCCAUACGUCUACUCUUCACCGCCACCACCCCCAUAUGUCUACAAGUCUCCACCACCACCACCCUAUGUAUACAAGUCUCCACCCCCACCUCCAUACGUCUACUCUUCACCGCCACCACCCCCGUAUGUCUACAAGUCUCCACCCCCACCUCCAUACGUCUACUCUUCACCGCCACCACCCCCGUAUGUCUACAAGUCUCCACCCCCACCUCCAUAUGUCUACAAGUCUCCACCACCACCACCCUAUGUAUACAAGUCUCCACCCCCACCUCCAUACGUCUACUCUUCACCGCCACCACCCCCGUAUGUCUACAAGUCUCCACCCCCACCUCCAUACGUCUACUCUUCACCGCCACCACCCCCGUAUGUCUACAAGUCUCCACCCCCACCUCCAUAUGUCUACAAGUCUCCACCACCACCACCCUAUGUAUACAAGUCUCCACCCCCACCUCCAUACGUCUACUCUUCACCGCCACCACCCCCGUAUGUCUACAAGUCUCCACCCCCACCUCCAUACGUCUACUCUUCACCGCCACCACCCCCGUAUGUCUACAAGUCUCCACCCCCACCUCCAUAUGUCUACAAGUCUCCACCACCACCACCCUAUGUAUACAAGUCUCCACCCCCACCUCCAUACGUCUACUCUUCACCGCCACCACCCCCGUAUGUCUACAAGUCUCCACCCCCACCUCCAUACGUCUACUCUUCACCGCCACCACCCCCGUAUGUCUACAAGUCUCCACCCCCACCCCCAUAUGUCUACAAGUCUCCACCACCACCACCCUAUGUAUACAAGUCUCCACCCCCACCUCCAUACGUCUACUCUUCACCGCCACCACCCCCGUAUGUCUACAAGUCUCCACCCCCACCUCCAUACGUCUACUCUUCACCGCCACCACCCUCGUAUGUCUACAAGUCUCCACCCCCACCUCCCCCGUAUGUCUACAAGUCUCCACCCCCACCUCCCUACGUCUACUCUUCACCGCCGCCACUCACAUAUGUAUACAAGUCUCCACCCCCACAGACCCCGUCGACAAACCAGCCUGGAUCAAGUCCCAUUACCAAUCUAUUAUUAUAA